ACAGUCUGAGCAGCUGAUAGCCAGCGAAGCUUCUUUUCAGGUCAGGUAGUUUGCAAAGGACCACAGAUUGUGUUGGAAAGGACUCUAGUGCCUUAACAUGCACUCAGUUAAAGUUCUGUUGUAUAUAGGAGCAUUUGUGACUGCUUGGAGCAUAACCACAGAUGGCCAUUUUGUCCCCACAGCAAAGAAUGUUCGUUGGGUAUCCCUGGACUUUCAAACCAUUCUCACCUGGACUGUUGAAGAGUCUGAGCAUACAUAUUCUGUCCUGUACUCUGCAGGAAAAAGUGAAGACUGGAAAGAGGUCCGUGACUGCACCCAAACAUCAGAAUCCGAAUGUGAUUUGACUCAGGAGCUCAUUCCACUGGACAGGGACUAUGAAGCUGAUAUCAGAACAGAAUCACAUGACUUUUAUGGUGAAUUUGGCAUGGACUACGACUUCCCUCACACCAAUGCCCCAGCGUUCAAUCCCUACAAAGAAAGUAAUAUCAGCGCUUUGGAAUUUUCUCUCAUGGAUCUUAAUGAGAGCACAGUCAUUAUCAACAUCAAACAUCCGCUGAUCUCCGUCAAUGUGCGACAGAAGGAGACCAUCAAAGACAUUCUCAAAUUUGACCUUAAGUAUAAGAUCAGUUACUACAAGUCUGGGAGCACAGGAAAGAGAGAAAAGAUUUCUGACUCCAGCACAGCAAACGUGUCGGGACUAGAUGCUGGACAGAUCUACUGUUUCAUGGUGGCAGCUUUCAUACCGUCUCGACCUAAAGCCAACCAGCAUGGAGCCUGGAGCACACUGCAGUGUAGAGAUGGUGAUACACACCUCCUGCAAGAUUUAAGCCCUGGAGCUUGGGUUGGGAUCAUCUUCAUCCUAAUAACAGUCAUCAUCAUAUUCAUCACAGUAGCUGCCCUCUACUGCAGAAGAAACCAACAAAGACACAACAACCUCCAAACAUCUCAGUCAUCAGUUCCUAUUUAAAGUGCAUACUGUUUUUUCUGUUGUCUUUUUUACAUUGAUCUCAAAAUUAUUUGUACGUUCAAAUACAUAAAGGGGGGGUGAAAAGAGGUGCUGGGAAUACAUGAUGUAAAAAGUAUUCUUUUAAGGACAAACUCCAGAAAGCUCCUCUGGAGUUUGUCUUUGUCAAGAAUACUUUAGCUCAAAACACAAAACACGAUAACAGUCAAGACUCAUAACAUUUUUACAAACAGAUUGUUGCUUGUAUUACCGUCAAGGAAAUAGUAAAAUGCAGUGUGAGCUUCAGUAGUGUUUCUUUGUAUUUAGUAUUGUAAAAAAUACACUAUUUUGUAUAGAGUCACCCCUCCAAAUCAUUGGAUUCUGAUAUUCCAACCACUUUCAUGGCCACAGAUGUAUAACAUUCAGCACCUAGGCAUGCAGAAUUCUUAUGCUAACAUCUGUGAAAGAAUGGGUUGCUCUCAGAAUCUCAGUAAAUUCCAGAACGGCACAGUGACAGGAUGCCAAGUCUAAUAUAAGAGUCUGAGUUGUAUGAUGCGGUAUCACUGCCGAAAUUAAGCUUAUUGCACACCCAGCAGUGGCUACUUCCUUGUUGCAGAAGGCUGUAUCCAUUGCAAAGCCAGCCACUGAUUUAAUUAAUGAUAGGCUGGCAAAGCAGGUAAAGCAGGUGUCUGAAUGUGUGUUCGCACCAAAUGCAAUUCCAGCGAAUUUUUCGCCUCAUUCGCAUGCUGUCGCUUGCCCGACAUUUUGCCAGCAGUUCGCAUGGCCAACAAGCAACAACACUCCGCUCGCUUCACCACGUCAUCAAAUAGGAGGAGCUUCUAUCUCCUGCUUGCCGGUUUCAGCUUAACUUGGAGCAAGUGACGGUGCUAAAUUUAUGGAAAACCGUACAACGCCGUUGACCUCCCUGGGUUCACCAGAUUCUCCAGAUACUGAACCAAUCAGCCAGCGAGACACAAACUGCAGGGGCUGCAUCCCUGCUGCAGAACGCCUGUUAAUCUGUCUUCAGUGACUAAAGAAAUCUCAGCUCAAAAGAAAAACAGCCAAAUUGUACUGUCCAAAUCUUCUAAAUAUAAUAAAAAAAAUGUUGCCUAAAUAUAUAGACCAGGACCGCCAAAAUAUACCAGGCAAGUGCUGAUAUGACAAAAGAAUGUAGCAUGGCAGCCAUAAGUAUUGAAUAAUUUUGUAGUUUAAAUAACUGCUGAUCGAUGACCUAGAAAUCAUGCACAUACAUCUAAAAAUGAAAUGCUUAUGAUUAAAAUAUCAUUUCCUACAUGAACAUAGAUGUACCCUGGGCAUCUGCUCAGAUGUUUCAUACUUGUAUGACAAUGUUUGUGCUGAAAAGAGGGCUAUAGAUGCAACAUGAAUUGACAGAAAGGUUCAGAUUUUUCAACUCCAGCGAAAUUUGCUUUGUGUUCAUCCUGGAUUUUGCUUCACUCUCGCUUUGCUCUAUUCGCACCAAUUGUGCUGCUUGCAUCGCUAGAAAACCGUCCUUCGCAUCGCGAAUUAAUGGGUUUGAAUCUUCAAACCCAUUAAUUCCUUAUUGCUCUAAAUGCCUCAUACACAUAGAACAGGAUUUAAAGAACACUCAAAACAGGCUAAAAUGCGAUUGUUGUUUUGCAGAUGUCUGACUUUUAUAUUUAUUGUGGGUUUAAACUGUCAGAUUAUAAAGGAACUUUUUAUCUGUACUAUAUAUCAAUGUUUUUAAACAGGCUAUUUAGAUCAAGAGUUUUGAUCGAUUAAUUUUCAAGUAUCAACUGACAUUUUACAAUGUAUUUCAGAUUUUUCAGAUUAUCUCUUUUAAAUAAAAUGUCUACAUUAUUAUAA